AGGAAAUGACGAAGUUGUUUCAUCACAAUAUUACAGCCAUUCAUGAGAAAUUUCAGCCACCGUUUUCAGUAGACACUUUUAGACGCAUCGCACGUUUAGUUCUGGCGCGUGUGGAGCACAUGCCUCCACCGGACUAUUACGACGGUUCAGCCGUGUGGCGUCGUGUGCGUCACUACAUGCGCCAGUGGAUAAAAAAGCCAGACCCGUCAGAAGUGUGCAUGGUGCCGCUGCUUGACCUGGUGAAUCAUUCUAAUCGACCCAACUGUGGCUUACGCGUGGGUCCGAGUUCUGUUGUGGGCGGCAAAGGUGCCAUAACACUUUAUUCCAUUGCCCGCAUCAACCCCGGCCAAGAGAUUUGCCGGCAUUACAACUUUGCCAUUAAUCGUCCCAAUGCCCUUUUUCGCUAUGGGUUUUUGCCGUUUGACUUGAUUUCCAUCGUGGAGCACGACGCCAUUGACGAGUACCUUGUCAAGAAUCAGCACAUGCUGCGAGAGGAGUCGGAGGAGGUGCGAAUGAAGCAGCAAAAGGAGAGGGAAGAAAUUCAGAAGCUGGAAAAGAUUUUUCAACACGCACGCUCGGGAAGAUGA